AUGUAUUUCGCCUCAGCACACGUAUUAUUCUUAGCGGCACUGUCUCGAGAGGCUGUAGCCUUCACUGACAAUCGCUUUCCGAUCUUCAACCAUCCGUCUGCCAAGGUCACCACGACCAGCAGUCUCAGCGCUUAUACAGAAACAAAUGAAUCGUCGAGGGGAAAAAUCUCUGAAAGAACAUUGACGCUCUUCAGUCCGUGCAAGAUCAAUCUCUUCUUGAGGAUAAUUCGAAAACGAGAAGACGGUUUCCAUGAUCUUGCCAGUCUAUUUCAAGCGAUUGGUUUUGGCGACACUCUGGAGCUGACAUCAAUCGACUCCGAUGCAGACGAAUUUACAUGCAACAUGCCGGGUGUUCCCGUAGACAACUCAAAUCUAGUGCUACGAGCUAUCCAACUAAUGCGAGAAAAAACGGGUGAAAAGCAAUCCUUUCGAGCCAAUCUGAUCAAACAAGUACCCGCCCAAGCGGGACUUGGUGGGGGAUCGGCAAACGCUGCCACGGCGAUGUGGGGCGUCAACGAACUGAUGGGGCGUCCUGCAUCAUUGGACCAAAUGGUUGAAUGGUCAGGGGCUCUUGGAAGUGACAUUACGUUCUUUCUGAGUAGAGGAACCGCAUACUGUACUGGUCGCGGCGAGAUCAUGUCCUCCAUUGAUCCGCCUCUUCCUUCAGGAACGAAGAUAUGCAUAGUAAAAAUCGAUAUUGGCUUGUCGACGCCAUCUGUUUUCAAAGCACUGGACUACGAUAAAUUGAGUAAUCUGAAUGCUGACGACGUUUUAUUGCCUACUUUUCUGCGAGGAAUUGACCAGGUACCUGACUCUUACUUUGUAAACGACUUGGAGACACCGGCUUUUAAAUGUAUUCCGGAGCUGCGUAGUCUCAAAGAAGAAUUAUUGGGAGUGGCCGGAUUCGACCACGUGAUGAUGUCGGGGAGCGGUACGAGCAUCUUUUGCCUGGGCGAGCCGAAGGAUAACAAGGACUUUCACGACAGAUUCGUAAGUCGGAAAGGGCUACAGGUAUUCUUCUCGGAGUUCAUUAGUAGGCCGGAAGGGGUCUGGUUUGAGAAACCCUAG